AAAUUGCCAGAAGACUCCCUUGGUCCAAUCGUUGGAUUGUUCCACAACAACUUUGCAACCCUUGCAAACCCGACUCCACCCAGUGACACGCUGGGUCUGCAAUUUUCCUACUUUAUUGCAGUGAAGCGCAAGGAAGCGCACAGCAACUCACUGCAGCAGCGACUCGGUGACACGCGGGCAAAUGAUGUAGGACCUCAGUUUCGCCAUAAAUUGUAUUUUCGACGAAGUAGAACCUAGCUUUUAAUGCCACCGGAGAGUAUGACCGUAGCUGGGCCUGCUGCUGACGUUACUGGCGCCAGGGACCAUGGCCUGGAUGGUCCCCAGUGCGCGCCAAGCUCGACGAGCGGCUCAGUGGCACCGGCGCCGUUCGUCUUGACUGUACCCGCGGACUCCUCUUCAUCGUGUGCCUCGGCAGCGGCCUCUGCAAGCUCUGGAAGCGAGCUUUCGGGGUGCUCGCCCACAGCACCAAGGCUCGGCACGGGCGCUGCCUGCGGGGAGGCCGGGCCGCACCAGGCCCUUGUACACCACCACGUCCCACACUGCAAGCAGUUCUUCAGCUGGGACUGUGGUCUAGCGUGCGUUCAGAUGGUCAUACAAGCAGCCGGCUUCUCGCACUGUGACUAUCGAUUACUGCGGCAGCUGUGCACCACCACCAGCAUCUGGACGGUAGAUCUUGCGCACUUGCUACGGCGGUUUGGGUUGCACGUGUCCUUCUACACGGUCACGCUCGGGCCAAACCCCGCGUACGCCAACGAGUCAUUCUACAUGGAGAACAUGGAGGACGACGAGCGGCGCGUGAGCCAGUUGUUCGUGGAGGCGGCGCACGUGGGCAUCGCCGUGGAGCAGCGCUCGGUCAGCAGCGAGGAGCUGCAGUCGUGGAUGCUGUCGGGCGGCUGCCUUAUCAUCGUGCUGGUGGACAAGCGCAAGCUGGACCCGUGGCUGGGGGCAGGCGAGCCAGGGAGCGGCGGCAUGGGCGGCAUGUCCAUGUCCAUGUGCCUGCCGGCGGUGCUGUGCGGCAUGGAGCUGGGCUACGCGGGCCACUACGUGCUGCUUGUGGGCUUCGACGCGGGCACACAGGAGUACACCAUACGCGACCCGGCAGCGCAAGUGCAGACCCUGCGGGUGACUGCGGCGGCGCUGGACGCGGCGCGGCGGUCGUUUGGGACAGACGAGGACAUCCUGGUCGUGAGCACCACACCCAGCGACAGCUGCGGAAGCAGUAGCAAAAGUAGCAGCAGCAGCGCCUACAGCGGCGUGCCUCAAGCCGCUAGCGCCUGCCCGGUCCCCAGUGGGCUGCAGCAGCUGCUGCUGCCGCACACGCACAGCAGCUGCCACCCCCAGCAACAGGAGCUGCUGAUGCCGCUCGGAGUCCACCACUGCAACAGCCGCACCACAGCCACCACCAUCACCACCACACCCACGCGAUGCCGCGACCAGUAGGAACGCAGCAGAGCGCCGCAGGGCUGCACGCAGGGUAGAAAGCUGCGAUAAGGUAUUGGUGUUCGUGCAGAUCGCUAGCAGGUUUCUCGCAGUUUUGAUUGACCACAUGGUCUGGCGUGAUGUUACGUUUGUCGCCUGCUGUCACAGCUAGUGCUGCUCGUGACUGCAUGUAUUGACAUAGCUUGCCUCAGCAGGUGCAGCAAGCAAGGGUGUGGUACCGAUUGCACGAUAAAGGUUGCAGAGUCUUAGGCGCGCCGCGCGGUGAUGAUGCUUCGUUUGCACCAGCGUUUGGGGCAUCUGCGUGCUUCUUAAACGGGUUUAUACGGAAAUGCUACGACGCUACGUAGUGUCCUGAGUGCUUACCGCCCGGACCAUCCGCUGGCGAAUAUUCAAUGAUUGCUGUCUUUCAGCGGCAGGGUGCGUUGUAUGGCGUGUCCGUGGCGUCCUGGUGUGACAGGGCAUUUUUGAGUUUUGAGAGCCUCCAAGGUGACAAGCAGAGAACGCCAAUUGUACUGGUACGAGUGUUGACGUCAAAUGUGGUACUUUUGAUGUGCUGGUGAGGGGUAGAUGCACGGCGAGUGGGCAAGGCCGCGAGGGCAGAAGAGUGCAACGUAGGCUAUUGGCCUGGGCCAGGUACGCUUCCGGCAUGUGUUGGCCCACGCAAGGGUUCCCUUGGGCCCACGCGCACUGCCAUCUCUCACAUGGCAUCAGGAACGCAGGACGCGCAUUGCUACCUGCGCGUAGUAGCUACCCGCAUGUUUGCCCUACCUGCACGUGUCCAUGAACUCCGUGUGUGCGCGUGAAUGUGCCAGGACGCUUCGGCGCCUUGCAAGAGCACGACAAGACUGACCACGCUUCACUGCCCAUGGAAUGUGGGACAUCUGUGCAACUUCGAACACGUGUUGGAUUGUUGGCUGAGUGCGAGAGACACGCCGCGUGUCAAGCUAGUAGGUAUGGCAUGACAAGCGGAGCCUUGCUCCUGCGUGCCGGUGUACUUGAUGAUACUGUACUAGUAACUUACCCAAACGCCCGGCUGGCCUCGAGUCUCUUUGGCCGGAGCCUACAAUACGGAGGGUGGCAUUGUGUAGGCGACGCUAUGGCACGCUGUGCAGGCCUGGUGGGCGUGUGGCACGAAGGCAUGAAUGAUCCUACGGAUGUGUACAGACCCAACCCUACGGAUGUGUACAGACCCAACUGGCCACGUUUUCAAUUUGACUCAUUAACCCGCCGCCCGU